GAGGGGCCGUCUCCGCCGGAGACCAGUGGUCGGAACCCUCUUCCUCCUCUUUCCCCGGCCACCUCCCUUGCCAGGAAAGGCUGGGACCCGGCUCCGGGGCCGUCUCGUGAACGCUGCGGCCCCAGCUCCAGCCGGGCCGGGGCGCGGAGAGCCCCGACCGCGUCUAGGGCGAGUGCCUCUGGUGGUGACAUCACUCCGUCCCCGUGGCGAUGGAGCGUGUCACUAGGAAGGAAGGCUCUGUCGGAGAAUAGCCAACAAGAUGGCUUACUGGGCGCGUCUCCUGAGUGGCACUGACUGGUGGCAUCAGGGGGUUGGAGCCUCGUGAACAGGGGACCUGCCCCCCAACGCUUGGAAGGACCUGGGUUUCAGUGAUGAGACAUGGGGUAUGAUGUAACCCGCUUCCAGGGGGAUGUUGACGAAGACCUUAUCUGUCCUAUUUGCAGUGGAGUCUUGGAGGAGCCGGUCCAGGCCCCUCACUGCGAGCAUGCUUUCUGCAACGCCUGCAUCACCCAGUGGUUCUCUCAGCAGCAGACAUGCCCAGUGGACCGUAGCGUCGUGACGGUCGCCCAUCUGCGCCCAGUACCUCGGAUCAUGCGGAACAUGUUGUCGAAACUGCAGAUCGCCUGCGACAACGCGGUGUUUGGCUGCAGUGCUGUCGUCCGGCUCGACAACCUCAUGUCUCACCUCAGCGACUGUGAGCACAACCCCAAGCGGCCUGUGACCUGUGAGCAAGGCUGCGGCCUGGAGAUGCCCAAAGACGAGCUGCCGAACCACAACUGCAUUAAGCACCUGCGCUCCGUGGUGCAGCAGCAGCAGACGCGCAUCGCCGAGCUGGAGAAGACCUCGGCCGAGCACAAACACCAGCUGGCCGAGCAGAAGCGAGACAUCCAGCUGCUGAAGGCCUACAUGCGAGCGAUCCGCAGCGUCAACCCCAACCUUCAGAACCUGGAGGAGACUAUUGAGUACAACGAGAUCCUAGAGUGGGUGAACUCCCUGCAGCCUGCCAGAGUGACCCGCUGGGGAGGGAUGAUCUCCACCCCGGAUGCCGUGCUCCAGGCCGUCAUCAGGCGCUCGCUGGUGGAGAGCGGCUGUCCAGCCUCCAUCGUCAGCGAGCUCAUCGAGAACGCGCACGAGCGCAGCUGGCCCCAGGGGCUGGCCACGCUGGAGACGAGACAGAUGAACCGGCGCUACUACGAGAACUACGUGGCCAAGCGCAUCCCCGGCAAGCAGGCCGUGGUGGUGAUGGCCUGCGAGAACCAGCACAUGGGCGACGACAUGGUGCAGGAGCCGGGGCUUGUGAUGAUAUUCGCGCACGGCGUGGAAGAGAUCUAGGCCGCGAGUGCUGUCGGGAGGACGGAGGACGGAAGGGCCCCCCGCGGCUGCUGGAUGCCGAGUCCCGUCACCCCAGUACUGUGGUUUCCACCUGAGCCACACCCUCCCUGCUCCCCUGGCACCGAGGGGCCCAGGACACCCCGCGCAGCGGCGGGCGGAAGCCUGGCUCCCCCUCUGCCUGAUUUCUUCCCCUAAGAUGUCUGUCAUUUUCAGUCUGGAUGGGCAAGUCCCCACCUCUGUCUGUUGUCCCGCCUGGAGUUCCUGGUUCCGAAAGCACAACGACGCUAGUUUUCUCCAGGAUCUGGACGGAAUGGGGAGUCUCUAACUGCCCCUCCUCCGACGCCAGGGGGUCAGAGCAGACAGGCCUGGCGCCUCUGUCAGUGGCGUUAGAGGCUAGUCCUGGGCAGCAGAAACUGAGGCAUGAUAGGGGUUCCCCAGAAAUAGUGAGGCCAGCAGCUGGCCGUCACGGAUGGCCCUUGGGGGAAGACUGGACCUCUGUGCCAAGCAUUGUCCUGUCGGCAGCCCUGAAAGGAACGGCCCUGGCCGGGUCUGCAGGGUGCAGGUUGGGACGUGGCAGUUCCCGGACGAGCUCUCCUUAGGAUUUUCUCCCACGUGGGGAUGGGGGCGGGGCUGGGGUUCAGGCCCCUGGGGUUGAUGUGCUCAGCAUGGAGCGGCUCAGCUUUUCUGCUGAAAUCGGGCUGGGCUGGCGCUGCUGUUUGGGCGAGAAGUGCAACCCCCAGGCCCUCCCAGCCCGGGCCUGUAGGUAGGUGCCAUCAUUCCCUCGGCCAUUGUUGUUUAGACUUCACUCCCCUCCCUCCCCUCUUUUUUUGUAGAGUGGCCUGGUUAUGGCUACUUUUCCAGCCCGGCCACGUUGUUGGCAAUUUAAUUUAUUUACUUUUUUUUUAAGAAAGGAAAAAGAAAAAAAUAUUAACAAAACUUGAAUCUUACCGUC